GAAUAUCACUGACCUGGCUGAAAGUUCACUGUGCAGCGAAGCGAGAAAUGCUCUGCAACGUGCAUACCCGAGUACAAAAUGUCGACGGUUGUAGAUCCACUGCUUUCUACUGUGACUUUAGAUAUCUUUAAACCAAAAGAUACAAUCAUGGAUACUGAAGAACACUUUAGAAAGCUAUGGUUUGAUGUUGAGAGCUUUGGCUCGAAGUGGGAGCCUUUGCCUUUGGAAGAGAGCAGUAUAUUCGACUCUGAGAGUUCUAUCGAUUCAGACUUGGAAUUCAGCUAUGGGGACAACUUUCUCUACAGUGUAGAUACAAUGGAAGAAAAAUAUAAAGAUUCUUCGUUGUUUUGUGAUUUUCCUUACGGAGAAAUACCGCUCCAGCUGCACAUUUCAAACGGAGAGAUUUUAUCUGCGGCGAACGAUCAAUCUACGGGAAGCGUCGAAUCGAAGAAAAAUCGUCCGAUGGCAGAUGUCGAAAUGACAACAAUCGUACAGGAUUCCCAAGUAGUGGAAAAAUCUUCAGAGAGUACUCAAACGGAUGAAGAAGUUAUAAAUGUCACCGUUCCAGAGCCUUCUGUCAAAGCUGAAAGGAGUAGCAAAACUACGAUCAGUAAAUCCAAGUCUCCUGAAUUGAAUGCUUCUAAUCCCACAGCUAGUGCAAAGUCGAAUAUUCUCAAAGCAAAUAGUACUAUCAAUACACCGAAUGCUAAUUCUGCUAAGGAAGUUCCYGGCACGUCACCAAAUCAGUCACCAAAAGGGAAGAGAGCAUUAGCUAGAACACAUAAAUGUACUUUCGAAGGAUGCAAUAAAUCUUAUACGAAGAGUUCGCAUCUAAAAGCUCACCAGAGAACUCAUACUGGCGAAAAGCCUUAUCAGUGUAAUUGGAAAGACUGUUGUUGGAGGUUUGCUCGCUCAGACGAACUCACAAGGCAUUAUAGAAAACAUACUGGAGUUAAACCUUUUAAAUGCCCAACAUGCGAUAGGAGUUUUUCUCGAUCUGAUCAUUUAUCUCUGCAUAUGAAAAGACAUUACUAGCUGGAUAUAAUGUUAUGAUUUAAUAAGUUAUAAAUUGAUCGAGGAAUGACUGCAUUCCCAAUUGUAAAAGACAAAAUAACACGUCAAAAUUCGUAAACGAGCGAGAAAUUAGGUUCUAAUAUGGGAAUUCAGAAAUAUUGAUUCUCGAAAAAAAUUUAGAAAAUAAAUAUAAGUAAUUAGCUUUUUGUAUUAAAAAUUAUUUCAAGGAACUCAAUUAUUAUGCAAAAAGCAUGUAAAAUUUUGUUGUAUAGGAUCAAGUUAUUGAAUCAAGAGCACUAUUCAGUGAAUUGCUGUAAAUAUCUUUAUUUUGUCCUGCGUGGGCAAAAUUGUUAUUCCAAAUAAAAAAAGAAAUCCAA